CCACUUACACUCCCACCAAAACCUGAUCCAUCGCGUUAAUGUUUACAGCAAAAUAGAUGUGUGUCAAUUGAUACAAAAUAAUUACAUUGUACAGAACAGUUCUGCAAUAAAAUCGUAAUUUCGUUACAUUGUCAGUUUGGUGCUCGCGCCGAUAAUACACGUAAAUAUUAUUUUCACGAUGAGUUUGAAGUUUUCGAAAAGAAUCGCGACGUUGAUAAAAAGUAAUUCGAAGUGGUACAAUAUAAAUAAACGAACGUUGUCUCAGUUUUAUCCUAUAAACGAAGAAAUAUUCGGAUUAUCUGAGGAUCAGAAACAGUUGAGAACCACUAUUUUUAAUUUUGUGCAAAAAGAAUUGGCUCCUUUUGCUGCAGAAAUUGAUAAACAAAAUGAAUUUAGACAACUAAGGGAAUUCUGGCGUAAACUCGGAUCACUUGGAUUGAUAGGUAUUGAGACGAAAUCCGAAUAUGGUGGAUCAGAGGGUGGUUACCUGGACACGAUCGUUGUAAUGGAAGAAUUAUCUCGAGCCAGUGCCGCAAUCGGUUUAAGUUACUUGGCUCAUAAUACGCUAUGUUUAAAUCAAAUCUCUCGACACGGAUCUCACGAACAAAAACUAAAAUACUUACCAAAACUUUGUUCAGGAGAACACAUAGGAGCUCUUGCUAUGUCCGAAACUGGCUCAGGAUCUGAUGUCGUAUCAAUGUCAUUGACUGCUGAAAAACACGACGAUCAUUAUGUUUUGAACGGAAAUAAAUUCUGGAUUUCCAAUGGACCAGAUGCUGAUGUGCUCGUGGUUUAUACCAAACUUAAAAACGAUAAAGUAACUGAAGGAAAGAAAAAAAUAACAACUUUCAUCAUCGAAAAAGAUUUCAAAGGAUUUCGUACAGCGCAGAAACUCGACAAAUUGGGCAUGAGAGGUUCAAACACUUGCGAAUUGAUAUUCGAAAACUGCAUAGUGCCAAAAGAGAAUGUGCUCGGCGAAGAGAACAAAGGAGUAUACGUCUUGAUGUCCGGUUUAGAUUCUGAACGAUUGGUAGCUUCUUCUGGACCAGUAGGAAUUAUGCAAGCUUGCUGUGAUAUUGCUUUUCAAUAUGUCCACGAACGUAAACAAUUCAAUCAAAGGAUAGGAGAAUUCCAAAUGAUGCAGAGUAAGAUAGCCGAUAUGUACGUUGCUUUGAACGCUUCUCGUAGCUAUCUUUACAACGUAGCUAAAGCUUACGAUAGAGGAUUUGUUAGCAGCAAAGAUUGCAGUGGAGUGUUCCUUUUUUCAGCCGAAAAUUCAGUCAAAGUCGCCCUCGAUGCUAUCCAGUGCCUUGGAGGAAAUGGUUACAUAAACGAUUACAAUACCGGACGAUAUUUAAGAGACGCUAAGUUAUAUGAAAUCGGUGCUGGUACUGUCGAAGUUCGAAGAUUAGUCAUUGGAAGAGCUCUUAAUAAAGAAUACAGUUAGCUGAACGGUUUAUCUCGAAGAUAAGACCACUUUUCAUACAUUAUAUAAAAGUAUUCGAGUAAAAAAAUCAUAUCAUUUGACACCCUAGUCUAAGUACAUUCCCAUUACAUUAUUUGGAAAAAAAUUUCCAUUCGGCUGUGAAACGUAUACGCAGUUUGUACACAGAUAAAUUGUUGGUAUUUAUCAUCAAUUUUAUAUACGUAAACGUGUUAGCUAAUUUGUGAUACCUACUCUUAUAAUAAAUAAUUAGAUAAUAAUACUUUCAUCAAAUCAAACACAAUCAUUUGUUUCCAAAAACAAAACUUUUUGAACAACGAAUUACGACACAAAUGACGAUUACGUAUAUUUAACACAAUCGUAUACAAAAACAUACUUUAACAGGGUAAAACAUCUCUAACUUUAUUCUGUACAUAAUAAAAAUACAAAUUAAACAACAACAAAAAAGAAAUAUAGGUACACGCAAACAAAAUACGAUAAUGAAAUCAAUUCACUCAAACAAUAAUUAACAUACAACAAAGGUAUAAAAAUUGGUAAAUACGUAAUAUCCCGCACGAUUCAUUUUUUUCAUUGAGACAUGCUCGAAACAAUAAAAAGAGAUGGUAACUCGAGAAAAAAAAUUAGGGAAAUUAGGAAUACGUGAUAACAACGAAAUGUUAAAAUGGAAUGUCAACGAAUUUUACGCCUUUUUCGUGAUAUCUUGAUAAUAAGUAGAUAAAACUUUCCAAGCUUGAGGAGCCAUGAAACCUUCUGGAGGUUCUUCU